AACAAUAACUCCAGAGGGAAACUUGCAGAAGCUGCAGCUUGUUCAGUUCACUUUGGAGAUUACUCUGCCUCUCUGCAAAGCUUCACCAUGGUCGACUCCUUCUGUGCCACCUGGAAACUGGUCGACAGCGAGAACUUUGAUGACUACAUGAAAGCUCUCGGCGUUGGCUUUGCCACCCGACAGGUCGGAAAUGUCACCAAGCCCACGGUGAUCAUCAGCCAGGAGGGUGACAAGGUGGUGGUCCGCACCCAGAGCACCUUCAAGAACACAGAGAUCUCCUUCAAGCUGGGAGAGGAGUUCGAUGAGACCACCGCGGAUGACAGAAACUGCAAAUCCACGGUGACUAUGGAUGGAGACAAGCUGGUCCACGUCCAGAAGUGGGACGGCAAAGAGACCAAGUUCGUCAGGGAGAUCAAGGACGGCAAGAUGGUCAUGAAUCUGACCUUCGAAGACAUCCACGCGGUGCGAAGCUACGAGAAGGCAUGAGAGCCCCGACCGACCGACCCACGGCGCUCCAAACCCGGCCCCAAGAAGUGUUGAUUUUAUAAUUAUUAUUGACUGUUUGCUUCUCUUUUGCACUUCAUCCUCCUGCACAUGUGCGCCCCCUACAGGCUGCACAUGUUUUGUAAGAAUUUUUUUUUUUAUAUGAAACAUUUCUGUCGUGAUGGAUGGAUCGUCUUUGUAAACCUGUGUGAAAACGUAAAAAUAAAAAAACACAGACUUCA